UUUCGUGUAAAUUUGGUCGUAUUAUCCCAGUUGUCAAUAAUUUCCUGAACUAGUUUUUAGUUUUGUAUGAAGAAAGUCAAGUAAUUAUUGAUAUUUCUGUUAAUAACAAGCUCAAAUUCUGUUGUUUUGUUUGCAAAAUGCGUGUUAGCUAUAGGGUUAAUGAAUGAGUGACACAGGUAGUGAGUCAGACGAGGCGACCGAGCGUACGGCACUCAUGGACGGCCACAUCGCAGAAGCUCGUCCCGAUAGGGAGAUCGCCGAAAGGAUCGCUAGGAAAAAGAAAACGAAAUCGGAAAGUCAGCGCACUUAUGGCGUGAGUAACACGAAUAGUGUGGAGCAAAGUGAUGGUGGCGGGCCAAGCGGGCCCAGCAGGCCUGGGCCGAGCGGGCCGACCCCGCCGCAGCCGACGGAGCCUCAGAUCGAGGAGCUGGAGCUGAAGUAUGGAGCCCGGCAUGUGAUCAAGCUAUUUGUACCUGUUACACUGUGUAUGCUGGUGGUUGUGGCUACAAUAUCCACUGUCAGCUUUUACUCUGUUAAAGAUGUAUAUUUAGCAUACACACCAUUCCAUGAGGAAAGCCCCCAUGCAGUGACAAAAGUAUGGAACGCACUGGCCAACUCCAUGAUCCUGCUAUGUGUGAUCGCACUGAUGACUGUGCUGCUCAUCGUGCUGUACAAGAAGCGGUGCUACAAGAUCAUACACGGCUGGCUCAUCCUCUCCUCUCUGAUGCUGCUGUUUUUGUUCUCGUAUUUGUAUAUAGAAGAAGCGCUAAGAGCCUACAACAUCCCAAUGGACUACAUAACACUAGGGUUCGUCAUGUGGAACUUCGGUGUCAUGGGCAUGAUUGUGAUCCACUGGAAGGGCCCGCUGCGGUUACAGCAGGCCUACCUGAUCUUCAUCGCUGCGCUGAUGGCGCUGGUGUUCAUCAAGUAUCUGCCGGAGUGGACGACGUGGGCAGUGCUCGCUGUUAUCUCUAUUUGGGAUUUAGUAGCAGUAUUGACUCCAAAGGGUCCACUGAGGAUAUUAGUUGAAACGGCUCAAGAAAGGAAUGAGCCUAUAUUCCCAGCUCUUAUUUACUCAUCGACGGUGAUGUACUGCCUGGUGGGGACGACGACGACGGGCGAAGGUGAGCCCCGGGAGCUGCGGCCUCUCAACCACGGUACCGCGCCCGAAGGCCGAGCGCAGACGCGGCCGGCGUCCGGGGACGGCGACGGCGGCUUCGACGCCGCCUGGGCCGCGCGCCGCGACCAGGGCCGCGAGGCGCGCCGCCUGCGCGUCGACGGCACGCAGCCCGCUAACUACACUACACGGGUCGAGAGGCCUGCGCCACCACCUGACAUGGAGGAAGAGAAGGGUGUGAAGCUAGGCCUGGGCGACUUCAUAUUUUACAGCGUGCUGGUGGGCAAGGCCAGUUCCUACGGAGACUGGAACACCACGCUCGCGUGUUUCGUCGCUAUACUUAUUGGUCUGUGCCUGACCCUGCUGCUGCUAGCGAUCCUGAAGAAGGCGCUGCCCGCGCUGCCCAUCUCCAUCACGUUCGGCCUCAUCUUCUACUUCGCCACGCGCGGCGUCGUCAAGCCUUUCGCGGACGCGCUGGCCGCGGAACAGGUCUUCAUUUAGCUACCGCCCCACGUAUUAGUUAUCUAAUUUAGAAAUGUCUGCGAUGGAAAUGAGAUUUUUUCCUUUAAAUUAAAAAAAGUUACAACAGGCAACAAUUAAUGAAGGCAUCUCUAUAACGUUCGGUCUUAUUCUACUUCGCGGCAUCGUCAAGCCCUUGGCAGACGCAUUAGCGGCCGAACAAGUCUUCAUUCAGCUACCGCAGAAACGUCUGCGAUCCAUUGGAUGGCGAUGGAAAAUAAUUGUAUUUUUUUUUCGUGAAUUUAAAAAGUAACAGUAGAUAUCAAUUAUGAAGGCGAUUCCUUCCAAAUUCUCGAUUAUUGUUGACCAUUUGUAAACCUUGAUGCAUACGGUUCGAGGCUAGUUGUGUUGCGACAGUGUUAAAAGAACGAUAAAAUUGCUUUAGUCCCAUUUGUAUAAACUAUAAAAAUUUAAUUUAUUUGAAACUUCUUGUGUGAUCUCAUUUUACAAAUACCUCACGCGUUGUGAUGGUCCCUAUGAGUUCGUUUUUAUACGGAGCAGUAGUUACGUUGCAACACUUUCGAAGAUUGAUAGGCCUUAUGUUCUCAUUAUAAUAUUUUUAACUGACAAGUUAACCGGAUGAUUAAGUGAAAUAACAUCCAGGGAAUUAUUUUGUAAUAUAUACGCUUGUAAUGUUCACUUCAUGCCUUCUUACGACGCCUUAUAGGACUCGCAGCAAAUACCAAAAGCGGUUUUGUAAGAAAUUUGUACGCACUGUCGAUUAUGGCACGGAAGUCAGUCUUGCCCAAUGAUAUCUAAUGUUUUAAAUAAGUAAAUUAAUUUCAAUUUUAGGAUUUUACGGGCAUUUCCAGAAUUUGGGACCCAAAAUUAGCGUAAGUUGUUAACAAAAAUUAACUCGACGUCAGUUUUGUGACGAGAAUUUAAAAAGCAUGAAAUUUAAAAAAAAAUAUUUUUUUGUGUUAAUUACAUAAACAUUAAGUCAUAAUCAACAUCCAGAACGUGAAAAAAGUUAAUUUUUAGUCAAAUUUUAUGCUUAAUUGUCGUAACAAAACGGAGAGUGAGUUAAUUUUUGUUAAGAACUUACGCUAAUUUUAUUUUGGGUCCCAAAUUCUGAAAAUGCCCUUACUUGCGAUCGCUCUACUAACCAAUGUAACAUAAUGAAACAGAAAAUACGCUAUGUAAAGUUCUUGUCUCAGUUGAUCAUUUUGGUAAACUAAUGUUAAUACUGCACUCAAAAAGUGCUAUUGUGAGAUUUAAAAGUUUACGAAAUAUUUGAUGUGACAGUGAACUCUAAAGACUGACAUUAUCCAGGUAAAUCGCAGUGUCUAACCAAAUGAUUGUAGAUAUACUCGUUAAGGUAUACCUAGUGUUAGAAACAAAGUGACAUUAGAAUGCAAUCAAUCGACACCAAUAGCAACUAGUAUUAACACAGAGUUCAGACGGCCUCGCCAAGAUGAUAAUCGUUUGCGCCGUAGUGAAACAGUAGUCUUUCUAUCAUUUCAUUAGCGACGGAAAAACAUAGUCGUUGGUUUGUUACCACGAAAACGAUUGACAUUUUUGAAAGGAACCAUGUUGUUUAAGUAGGAUGUUCAAAAUGUAAAAAAUCUAACCUAAGCUUACCUGCGUUAUAACUCGUUUACUUAAGUUUCAUAACUUAUUAACAUUCCAUUAGUUUUACGACUUUUUCAUAAAUGACUGUUCCGUUCUGUCCUGUUGUAUCUGGCAGGUGUUUUGUUACUUAAGUAAUGUACCUGUAUAUUAUGUGUAAUACAUACAUGAAUUGAAACUGUAUCCUUGAUUCUUAUCGCGAUUUCUAGGCGUGACCGAAUUAUCAUCAUCGUAAAUACUCUAUUUAUGCGCAGUUUAGUUCAACGUUUUCUAGCUGAAAUGAAAUGUUAGCAGCAGACAUGACAUACUGCACAAGCCAUCCAUGGCAAUGUAUAGGACAAUUAGAAAUAUGGGCUUGCCUCUGAUAGAAUGUCAAGAAAAGCUCAUCCUUAAAUUAUGAAGUGGUUAUAAUUAUUAGCUAGGAACUUUGUAAAGCAAAUUAGGUAAUAUAACUUUUGAUAUAACAACAAUUAUGUUUCAUUUCUCCCUCCAUAGUCAAACAAGGGUUUUAAUAAAAACAUAUUUAUUAGGUACUUAAGUAUACAUAUAAAUAUUGCUUCAUUACAAAAUCUUUGAGAUACACAUGUCAGAUAUAAACUGAACAAUUCAGUCUCUUUGUAUACGCAAAAGGUAUAACGGUAAUUUAGAAUUUUUGUACCCUUAAAAAAAGUAAAAACUGUAAACUGCUCAACAAAAACUAAUAACAGUUAUAAUAGUAUGUAACUAAUAAAUGACUUUCUGGUUGUAACGCAAGUCUUGACGAAAAAAUACUCACUAUAGGUACUUAUUGCACUGUUGGUUAACUGGUAACUGACUGAUGCAUCGUUUGUCAUAAAUUCCAUGGCAUUUAAAGUGGAAAGAUUAAAAUAGCAAUAAGAAAAACUUUGAAUCGAGACAUUAAUAAAGAGAAAGUUGGAUAACAUAGAAAUACCUAGAUGCUAUAAGGUAUUAAAGGGGAAAUUAUGAAAAUACUCAUUACUCCAUAAAUUAAAAAAGGAUAAAAUGUGAAGUCAUAACCGUGAACUAAAACCGGUGCGAAUACAAUA